UUUGGGACUCAAAAACUAGCAAAAAUGGAGUGCAACUCGUCAACCUGCCCGUCCGGUUGCUAUAAAGAUUCCGAUUCCGGCGUCGGCCAAGAACGACAAUCGGCUUCUGAGAACGGAAGAUGCGACUUGGACCUCUAUGCUAACAGUCACGUCUGCAUCAAAUGCAAAGUUAACGAAACAAUCGCCGCUACCCAUCCCGCUGUUGCUAGUGGCGGCGGGGAUGGCAGUAGAUUCUGCGCUGAUUGUUUCAGGGGUAACUUAUUCGGGAAGUUUCGAUUCGCCGUAACUUCUAAUGCCAUGAUCUCACCCUCAGACAAUGUUCUCAUCGCCUUUUCCGGUGGUUCCUCAUCUAGGGUGGCUCUUCAAUUUGUGCAUGAGAUGCAACACAAAGCACAGAAGAACUUUGAAGCAAGUAGAGAUAAAUCUUUGCCAGUAUUUGGAGUUGGUGUUGCUUAUAUUGAUGAAAGUGCCAAUUUUACAGUCCCUUCUGAUGAUUUUGAUAGAGCGAUGGAUGAGAUGAAACUCAUUGUGUCAAAUUUAGCUCCACCAGUAAAACAAUUUUACAUCGUUCCAAUUGAAAGUAUUUAUUCUUCUGAUACUGGUGCCGGAAGGCACAGAUUGAUGGAGUUGAUGGAUGCUGUUCCUGACGUCACUGGAAAAGAAGAUCUUCUGGAGCAUCUGCGCAUGUUGUCCUUGCAGAAGAUUGCUGUUGAUAAUGGAUACACCAAACUCGUGCUAGGAACAUGCACAUCACGGAUAGCUUGUCAUGUCCUUGAAGCCACUGUCAAGGGAGAGGGUUACUCGUUAGCUGCAGAUAUUCAGUAUGUUGACGCUAGGUGGAAGAUACCUGUGGUUCUUCCCUUGCGUGAUUGUAUCUCUCAAGAUCUGAAUAUGCUAUGCAGUCUUGACAGUUUGAAGAUGGUAGAAACAUUUCAGCAACCUCGUUGUGGCAUCAAUGGUUUGAUAUCCUCAUUUGUAAAAUUGUUGCAGGAGGAAAAUCCUUCGCGAGAGAGCACAAUUGUAAGAACAGCAGGGAAGCUUAAACCUUUCUCUUUCAAUAAGAUUUUAGAAGAUGAUGACUGUAAUGUUCAUUCGGCUUCUCAGAGGCGGCAAAAGAAAUACAAUUUAAAGCCUAGCGAAUCUCUUCCUCCGGAAUCAUUUUGCUCUAUAUGCCAUAGCCCGCUUAAGAAUUCUGACACUACGAGUUCGAAUAGCAUUGGGAAUGAUGAAGCAAGCGUCGGGAUCUUUGCAGAGACUUGCUCAAGUUGUCAAUAUCAGAUUCUUCCACGGGAGCCCUCAUCUUUGGAAUCUUUUCAUUCACUCUUGCCACAGCAAAUGAUUUAUCUAGCCAAGAAUAGCAGCUUUUACAAGCACAAGUCACUAAGGGAUCAAAUACAAGACUGUUUGUUGUCAGACAGUGAGGACGGAACCUGAAUCUGCACUUUUCAUUUGAAUUCGUUCUUUUCAGCAUGAACGAGCAGAAACAUUAUUAGGCUGCGUUGCUUAAUUUCACAGAGAAAAGGCGUUAGCGGGUUGCAGGAUAAAAGGAUUGAGAGAGAAUUAUCGACAUACGUAUUCUGGUGAUCAUUAAAAUGGUUGCAAGAAGCUGGACAAAAGGUUGUAUGAUCUGAAGUAUAAUUUUCUUUGAUAUUUCUCCAAAUUUUCGCUUCUAAUGUAACCAAUCUUAUACAUACUUGGGAUCUUUUUGUCGUGGAACUAACGUUUGAUGAUCUCAAGAAGAUAAAACUCGAGAAUGGACGUUGUGUUUUCCUUAUAUCAUCAUGUUUUUAUUCA